AUGGCAUAUACCGUCGCUUCCACGGCAUCAAUGAGCACAUAUGGCUGGGAUUCCACUCCAACUCUCUCACCACAUUACUACAGUCUAUCUCAGCAGCCAUCACCUCAACCAUCACCGCAACCACAACACCACCAACAGCCACAUCUACAGCUACAGCUCCAACAAGAUCAAACCGACCAAGAAACAAUCAGCACAUUCUGGCGAUUCCUAGCCUCAAGUUCCUCCUAUCUCGUGCUAGCAGGCUUCCUAGUCCUCCCCCUAGCAUUCACCACCACCACCUCCUCCUCCUCCAACAAUAACCCCAACAAUGAAAAUACAACAACACCAUCCACCGACCCAACAACCACCAUAAUCGCCGCAUCAGUCCUAAUCGCAAUCGGCUACACAAUAACCCUCAUGCUAAUCUUCUUUCAAAGACACGAGCGCCAAUACCUCCUCCACUCUAUAUACAUACCAAACACAACAACCUCCCUCCUCUCCCUCCUCAACAUCCUCCUCAACAUCCUCUGCCGCCAUCCAACCCAAUCGCCCGGCCCAUUAUCCCCGGUGCAAACGACCAGCCUCGUGCUACCCAGUGUGUUCGCAUUUCUGUAUGCUCUGGGCGCGUUAUCCAUUUAUGCAGGUGACAUGUGCAUCUUCACCACUACCACCACCACCACCAGCAGUGAUAGAGGCCGCCAACGGAAUAAUUAUAAGAAAAAAGGCAAGAACAAUCAACUACUACCACUAACAGAGGAGGAAAUGCAACGGCAGCAGCUGCAGCGAUUGCUGGAUCAGAACUCGAGUCCGAGACGUGGACCCAGUCCGAGGGUCGUGCAGAAGACGUUCCGUGUCAGUGCGCCGGAGAGGAUUAAUCCUGGGAAGGGGUGGGAUACGUUUACGCCGGAUUUGAGGGUUGAUGGGGGUGGCAAUGGGAAUGGAGGUGAGCAUGGGGGUGGGGGUGGGAGGUGGGUGUGA